AGAACCAAGAAAUAGAAAAGGUAGAGCCCCGCGAAGAUCACUUCCGUUUAUAGCUGGUUCCCUAUUAAAUCAAGAUGAGCUCGUUUAACAGUAUAUUGCUGAAGAUUUCGGGAGAACUUAUUGGUGAACAAUUGGAAAAAAUUAAGUUCCUUUGUAUAAAAGAUAUAGGAAAAAAUCGUCUCGAAAAGAUGACCACCGGCUUCCAACUUUUCACUGUCCUAAUGGAAAGGAACAAACUUGGACCUGACAACACUGAAUUUCUAGUUUCAGUUUUGACACAGAUUGGUCGGCUAGAUCUUGCUGAAAUAAUUGACGGCCAAAAGGAAUUGCCAUCGAAUCAACUUCCUUCAGACGAAGAACAAGCAAAACUGGAAAUUGCAACACAAGUGAUUACUGAAAACCUUGGAAAGAAGUGGAGGGCAUAUGGGCGUAAACUUGGCCUGACAGAAACCAAACUGGACACUAUCUCAGGGAAGCACCCUAAUGACCUGGAGGAACAAGUGUUGUGUCUUCUAAGGGAAUGGCGUAAAAUACAUAAAGCAGAAGCCAAAACAGACACUUUGAUCAAAGCCCUUCGCUCCUGUGAUCAGAACUACACAGCUGAUUUGAUUGAGACAGAACUUGAAAAAUGUAAAGCCAAUGCUUGAGAGUAAAAGUAGGGGAAAAAAGUAUUUUUCUCUUUUCUUAAGUAUUCAUUCAUUGCUCUCUUCUGGUGCUUCAUAAGAUUCAAUAAGUAAUCUAAAAUAUUGCCAACAUAAGUAUACUGGUAUUAAUGGAUUGAAAGGUAUAAUUCUAUGUACUUUAAGUCGGAAAACUCUUGGUACGUACUUUAUAUUCAUGGAUUUUGCGUGCUGUUAUAAGCAGGAAUGUGGGAAAUGGGUUUUUGCUGAAGGAGUUGCAUUGUGGAUAUGAACGCUGCAUUGGUACAUAAGGGAAUGUGCAAUUUUUCUAAAACAGAUUAACUAUGAAUAUCACACAAGUUAAUAAAUCUGUAUUAAAAUGU